CCGCUGGUCACUCGUCGAUUUGCGAACCAAGCCAUGUGCCUCAAGCCAGGGUCCAAGAAGCUGUCGUGGGCGACUGUUCGCGCGCACAACAAGGCGGACGAUGCGUGGAUCGUUAUUCACCACAAGGUGUACGAUAUCUCGCACUUUGAUACGCACCCCGGCGGGUCGGUCAUGCUGACGCAGGCUGGCGAAGACGCGACGGACGCGUUUGCUGUCUUCCAUCCGUCGUCUGCGCUCAAGCUGUUGGAACAGUACUACAUCGGCGAUGUGGACGAGUCGACGCAAAUCGUGGAUGCGACGAUGACGGAGGAAGCCAAGAAGACCCAAAACGAGUUUGUGGCCGCUUAUCGCAAGCUCCGCGUCGAAGUGAAGCGAUUGGGUCUGUACAAUGCGUCCAAGGGCUUCUACUUGUGGAAGACGUUGUCGACAUUGAGCAUUGGGUUGUUGGCGGCGUUCCUCUGCUUCCACACGUCGAGCACUGCCAUGUACAUGGUUGCUGCCGUGAUCUUGGGUCUGUUUUACCAGCAGUGCGGGUGGUUGGCGCACGAUUACGGCCACCAGCAAGUGUUUGACAACCACACGUUGAACGAUCUGUGCAUCAUCAUGGUGGGGAAUCUGUGGCAAGGGUUCUCGUGCCAGUGGUGGAAAAACAAGCACAACACCCAUCACGCGAUUCCCAACUUGCACACUGACUUGGCUGAUGGAUAUCACGGUGACCCGGACAUCGACACGAUGCCAGUCUUGGCGUGGUCCCUCAAGAUGGCCAAGGCCGUCGAACAAGGCUCAUGGGGGCCGUUCUUCAUCAAAAACCAAGCGCUGCUGUACUUCCCCAUCCUCUUGUUCGCCCGAGUGAGCUGGGUCAUCCAGUCGUACGUGUACGCGUUCCAAAGCAUUGGGCCCGGCGGAACCUUCGACCCUCUCCAUUACCCCGUUCUUGAACGAUUGGGUCUGGCAUUGUACUACGCGUGGAACGUGGCGCUCGUGUACUUCUCGGGCAUGUCGUUCCUGCAAGCGAUCUCGUUCUUGUGGGUCAGUCAAGCGUCUUGCGGACUCUUCCUUGCCUUGGUGUUUAGCAUCGGGCACAACGGCAUGGCUGUGUUUGACCGUGCCGACAAGCCCGACUUCUGGAAGCUCCAAGUGCUCACGACGCGCAACAUUACGUCCACGGUGCUGGUCGACUGGUUCUGCGGCGGGUUGAACUACCAAGUGGACCACCACUUGUUCCCGACCGUUCCUCGCCACAACUUGGCGCAAUUGAACGUGCUGGUCAAGUCGUUGUGCAAGCAGUACGAUGUGCCGUACUACGAGACGGGCUUCUGGGCGGGACUCGGGGAGGUUGUCGACCACCUCAAGGACGUGUCCAACGAGUUCAUUCGCGAAUUCCCUGCCAUGUAAACAACAAACAGGACGAGAUUGUUUCGUGUAGCACGCACUCCAUCCAGAUUCGGGCAUGUGGACCGUCGGCAUUGC